GCGGAUGUUUGAUUGACUUCCGGUGCGUGCGGACCGACAACAUACCGCAGCCAUUGCUCUCGGCCAUUAGUUUACCGUGGUUACAAGGUGUCAGCAAAGCUUUACAAUGCGGUUUAAGAUAACUUUACAGAAAGAACCAAAACACACAGAGCUCGUCACAUGUGUUGGAUGGACAACACCUGAUGAGCUUUAUUCAGGAGCUGAUGAUCACCAGGUUAUGAAAUGGAGUCUUUUAAAUGGUGAAACAUCAAAAGUAAUAAACUUGCCACCAGACUGCUUCCCAACAGACAUGCACUGGUUUCCAAAGGCUGCAGGUGGAGGUGGAGGCAAGAAGGGAGGGGCUGAGCUGUUUGUCCUGACAUCUUCCGAUGGAAAAUUCCAUCUCAUCAACCGACUUGGACGUAUAGAGAAGAGCACAGAAGCGCACAAAGGAGCAGUACUCUCAGGUCGCUGGAGUUAUGAUGGAACAGCACUUGUCACUGCGGGAGAAGAUGGACAGGUUAAGAUAUGGUCAAGAAGUGGAAUGCUGCGCUCAACUCUGACACAGAACAGUAUACCUGUGUAUGGGGUCUGUUGGGGACCUGAUUCAGAUCAAGUUCUCUUUACCAAUGGACGGCAGCUGGUUAUCAAACCUCUACAGGCAAACAUCAAACCAUUAAUGUGGAAGGCCCAUGAAGGUGUCAUACUAACUGUAGACUGGAAUGCUGUCAACAACCUCAUUAUCUCUGGGGCUGAGGACUGUCGAUAUAAGGUGUGGGAUACGUUUGGGCGCUUGCUGUACAGUAGCUCAGUCCACGAAUAUCCCAUCACCUCUCUUUCCUGGACUCCUGAUGGAGAGAUGUUUGCUGUUGGAUCUUUCAACACCCUGCGCCUGUGUGAUCGAUGUGGGUGGUCAUAUGCAUUGGAGAAACCCAACACUGGCAGCAUCUUCAACUUGGCAUGGUCCAGUGAUGGUACACAAGUGGGUGGGGCAUGUGGCAAUGGACAAGUCAUUUUUGGCAACGUCAUUGAACGCCGCACGGAAUGGAAGAAUUUUGAAGCUACUGUUGUUGGAGCCAAGCAAAUAACAGUACGCAAUGUUGUCAAUGACACCAUUGAAAAGCUGGACUUUCGUGAUCGCAUCAUCAAGAUGGCACUUGGCUACAACCACCUGGUAGUCACCACCUCUUCACAGUGUUACGUUUACAGCACCAAAAACUGGAACACACCGGUCAUCUUUGAGCUCAAGGAGGGGAGUGUCACUCUUAUUAAACAGGCAGAAAAACAUUUUCUGAUGGUGGACGGAGCAGGAGCCUAUGUAUUUUCCUACGAUGGUCGUAUGGUUUGUUCUCCCAAACACCAAGGCAUGAAAGCAGACAUCCUUAACCCACAGACAGUAGCUAUAAGUAAUGACACAGUUGCCAUACGUGACAAGGCUGAUGAAAAAGUGGUGUAUGUAUUUGAUGCUCAGACUGGCAAGAGUAUGGGGGAUGGAAAGCCCAUUCGUCACAUGGUGGAGGUCAUGGAAAUAGCACUGGACCAAUGUGGCCCAGCAUCAGAGCGCAAGAUUUCCAUCAUUGACCGCAACCGUGAUCUUUUCCUGACUUCAGUACGCAUCUUUGGGAUGGAAAGAAAAAGUAUCAAGAUAGCAAGUAUGAUCCACAUGAUGGCCUGGAACAAUGAGACAAACAUGUUGGCUGCUCUUACUGAUGGCAAGAUCUUUGUGUGGUACUAUCCCAGUGCUGUUUAUGUUGAUAAGGACCUUUUGCCAAAAACUGUGUUUGAGAAAGACACAAGUGAAUUUGGCAAGAGUCCACAACUGAUGGGAUUUAUUGGUUCUCAUCUGUUGCUGCGAAGAAUGGAUGGAUCUCUGAUGUCGACAACUAUUGCCCCAUACCCAGCAAUACUGCAUGGCUUCGUAGGAGAUUCUAGAUGGGAAGAUGCCGUGCGCCUCUGUCGUUUUGUCAAGGAUGAUAGUCUUUGGGCAUGCCUAGCUGCCAUGGCAACCUAUUCCAAGGACCUCAAUACUGCAGAGAUUGCCUACGCUGCCAUCAGAGAGGUGGACAAAGUGCAGUUUAUCAGUAACAUCAAGGACAUCCCAGUCAAAGAGGCAAGAAAUGCUGAGAUGGCACUCCUGUGUGGUAAUCAUGCAGAUGCUGAGGCACUCUUACUGCAGGCAGGCCUUGUCUUCCGUGCCAUUAUGCUAAACAUUCAGCUCUACAACUGGGACAGAGCCCUUGAGCUGGCUGUCAAACACAAAACACAUGUGGACACAGUGCUGGCUUUUCGACAGCGCCAUCUAUCUCGAAUGGACACUAGAGAGACCAACAAACGCUUUCUUCAGCAUCAAGAAGGGGUAGAGAUCAACUGGGACAAGAUCACCGCCAAGAUGGAGGUGGAGUACCAGAAGGAGCGCGAGCGGCCCGCCAUGACGUCAGCGAUGGGAGCCGGCGACUCGACCAGCAACGCCCCGCCCCGCCCCUCCCGCCGGGAACGCCCCUGAUGGGCGGGCAGUCGGGAGGAGGGUGGAUGGGGGAGAAGGAGACACGCGGGAUGAAGGGAAGGGAGUAGACACGUGCAGAUAGUGUUCACACACUCGCACACAGUUGAUCAGACGCUGGCUUGUUACAUGCAAACAGGGGCCGUGAGGGGGGCGCGGGGGUGGAGCAGGUCUGGAAUGCUGUGGAAGUGAGCGGCGGAAGUGGGCAUGCGCACGGCGGACAGAGGUGGGAUGGAGGGAGGUGCAGGUCAGGUUGCCCUCGCACAGUCUCGCCUGACUCCGGCUGCAGCCCUCCCGCCCACGGCACUGGCGCUAUGCUGUGCAGCGCUGGACACUUGGCCACCUCUCGCAGCCCUCCACGCCACCGACAUCGUCAACAGUCCACAGUGGUUGUGUGUCGUGACGAGUUGGACUGUCUUCAGUGUCCUGUCACUGUGCGCCGACUUUUUCUUUGUUUUAUUUUAUAAAGGUGUCUGGAACUGUGAAUAUUCUCCCCCGUCAUCCCUGGCGCGUGUGAGCCAUGUGUGGUAGCCAGUCCUCCGAUCGUCUGGCUUGUGUGAACAACAAUAACUCGCUGUGCUCUCGCCUGCUGUGUUUUAUAUGUAGAGAGAGAUAGAACUCACCCCAUGGUCACCAGAGAGGGAGAGAGAGAGAAUGUGUGUGUGGUUCGGUGAGGGUGGGGCCACAGGAAUGUGAGGUAGACCCCGCCAGGGUCUGGCCACCCUGACACCGGCCUACAGCUGACCUGAUGUCGGGGUCAGGAGGGGUUGUGAACCGGCAGCGCGCUGAGAUGGAGACGAGAUGUAAUGCAUCAGUCACUCCAUCCAGCCGACCGUCACGCAGGGGAAGACGGGAAAUGGAGAACAUGAGUUAAUGGAUGCACCAGACUGUCAGGCAGGCAUGGCGGAGUCGGCAUUCAGGGGUGGGCAAAGUGUGAAGUCCACUUGUUUUUAUUUUUAUACUCAGCCUAGGUUAAUUUAAUUAAAAUUUAAUUUAUCAACUACAGCACUGUUAGAAGUAGAGAGUCCAUAACACUGUAGCACAGACGAGGUACAAAGAUAACAAACACCAGGCUGACAUGUCUGAUGGAGUCAUUAGCCUCGGGGCGGCUGCCUUCAAAGGAAAGGCUGGUGUUAAAGUUUAAUUGUCAGCGAAUUGAAACAGCUUCGCUUGACACAGCUCAUUUGCCCGCCGCAUGCAUUACACUUUGAAAUCGGCCCGCAACAAAAACUUUGCCCGCCACUGGUGUACUUUAUAUUCCCCUUGUUUCCCCUUGUUUUUAUUUUUGGUCACUCCUACGACCUUGUGUGUAACGCCGACAUGUUACUGUAACGCCUACAUAUUACUGUAACACUUACAUCUUACUCUAACGACUACACAUUACUGUAACACUUACAUCUUACUGUAACCCUGCACAUCAUUGGAGUUGGCAGGCGCUGGACAUGGCGCCUGGAGGAGCAGCAGCAGCCACCAUCGUGUUCCGUCCAGGCUCGCAGCUGUGAUUAAAGAUUAUGUGAUGACUAA